AUGAGGCAGCAUCUUUCGCCCAUUGUUAACUCGCUCACGAGUGUGUUCAGACUCUCAACUCGACCUACAACGUUUCAACAACCCGGUCUACUGAGCCAAACAUGCAAGAACACACUGGCUCCAGGCUCACUUAUAUCAUCUGUCAAUGAUCUCAGGUCAUUCUCUUCUAGCUCAACAUUACAAGCUAGGAAGGCUCCUGUAAAAAUCGACAGACGAGUUACUUUAAUACGUUAUUUCCUCAAUCAUCCACUCACUCCGCGCCCCCUUCAUUUCUCACGCAACCGAUACCUGCGUCACUGGACAAUUCAUCGAGCCUGGCAGUUAUACACUGCUAAACAACGGAGAGCACAUCAAUUGGAGCUUGAACGUCAAUGGGCUAGCAUGAAAGAUGCCUGUGAGGAACUCCGCACUGGUGUUGGUGAUGGUGGAAGACUGUUCCGCACUUCGAUGAACAAGAGGGGCGUGUUUUCAGACGGUGUCCCAAUUGAAUAUGGACGGCUACAGACAGACAGCCCGAGCAAGGAUGGGUGGGACUAUUCUUGGAAACCUUGA